AUGUGUUCUUCCAUACCGAAGGUAAAAUGUUGUACGGUGUCGGCGUGUGACUUAAAUACAUCAAUUAACACACGAGAAGAGACGGCGAAUGAUCUCGUCAAAAAAGUAGAUUGUGAUAAGCAGAAGAACGCAACCGAAAUUGGACAAUAUUACAAAUGUUGCACUUUAUCACCCGUUGAGCCGACUCCUUUGAUCAAUGUGAAUUGUUGUGAAAGAGCUAGACCUUGUAUUAGCAAUUUUUGCUCAGCAGUAAAAGGCGAAUGUGAUAAUUACGAUUUGACACCGUACGGGAAAGACUUUGUUUUAAAAACAGGAAGAUUAAUUCAAAAAUGUUUAUGUGUAAAAUUCAAUGGCUUGCAAGAUACAUGUAAACAUACUGGUUGCUGCUCUAGAUUAGGCUGCAUGAGACCUCUUUUUCCAAAUUGUCCACCAGCGUGUCAAUGGAAAAAUGAUUAUAUCUGCAAAACUAAGAAGAAACGUUGUCCAUGUCCAUGUGAUUAA